UCCCGUCCCCGUGUAGUCGUAGACAAGCGGUGCCUCUGGGCCGGUCUCCGCGCCUCCCCUUGGCGUCCUGUCAAACAGAUCCAAUUUGCCGAUGCAGGAGGUGAGACCCUCGGCAGCUCGAAGCUCGUGGAUCUGCUUGAGGAGGUCCGCUUUGGCGCCAUCAGUGUUAGCUUGCAUGUCGUUGACGAUGGUGCCGACCGCUGCACCAACCGCCCCGUCGACCACUGCAUCAACAGAACACGCCACCGCCGCACGGACCGCGCUCCCCAUCGCCGUCACAAUGAGCGCGUCGAGCUAGCUCCUUCUGGUGACGAAGGUGGGCUGCUUUGCUCGCCUAACUGAGCGUCUCAUAGAUCGCCUCCCGUCUGGAGUCAAGUACUCCAUGAGCUCUUGUUGUCGCCGCCAGACGCGUGUCGUGCAGAUGAUCCGACGUGAGGUGGGUGAAAUUUUUGGCUCUACCAAUUGUUAGUUACAGGAUGGUGAAUCGGAGGUAGGCUAUGGGAUCAUUUCAAAUUCACUAGGUGGGGUGUUUGUCUUGCUUACAAGGGAAGGGACAAGGAAAGGAUUGCAAGUCAAUGGCUGCUAGCCGUUUAUCAAUUAGCCACCUAAUACGGAAUCAACGAAGGUAUUUAUAAUCCUCAGGUUAGGACACAAUCCCCAUUACGGGUCAAUGGCUGACGGGCUCUCCCGCUGGGCUCUCUUACUGGGCUGGCCCUCCUUGGUGAUGAAGGUUGCACGUCGUUUGUAGUCAAUGUAGGCCCAGUGCUAACAUUGAUUCCCACCAGGCCAUCACUGUGACUGGGCCACCAUCAGGGACAGAGCUAGGAAUUUUAUUUGAGGGGGCCCAAUGAAACAUCUAAAGCAUUGAGGGGGGCCAUACAUACGAAUUUAGUGGUCAAAUUCAUCAAAUCCACGCACUACAUAGGUGUAGUUUGAGAAUUUUUCACAGCAUGGGGGGAGCCAUGGCCCCGGCUCGCCCCCUGCUGGCUCCGUCCCUGGCCACCAUACCUUCACUUUCUUGCCUUCGCCUCUUCUACUUAAAUCUGGGCUACAGAUGGGAAGAUGGACAUGUGGGGCUGGGUUGGCCCGUUUUCGCUUGUUCUCUGUUCUUUGCCUAUUUUGCUUGUGUUCAUUUGAAAUGUAUCACUGUUAAUAUGGACACAGUCUCCAAGAUGCAACUCCGACCAUUACUAUGAUGUGAAUAUAUUGUUAAAAAAUAGAAAAUCACAUAAUUAUGACAUUUUUCAUGACAAAUCAAACGUAUUACUCGUGCUAUUAUUUUUGAAUAAUAUUAUCCUCAUUUAACUAAUCUCAACUAUCAUUAUAUAUAUAUAGUCGAUGUUAGAUAAGUUUGAUGGCACACCUUAACUAGAAGCUUGGUAAUUGUAUCGUUGUCUCAGAUUUGUUGGGAUCAUGUCUUAGCGCCGCGAAUAAUGCAAACUUUCACCUGCAUUUUUAUUCAGACAUGACACAUGUUCUGUGAUCCCAUUCCUUGAUCUGAUCGACCAGGUUCCUGGUAACUAUGGGCCGUUAUACCUGUUGGGAAAUCUCUCGGUAGACGAAAAUUCAUCGUAUUCUCUUCACAUCGAAUGACCCAAUUGUCAUGAUUAUAUUUUUCUAAAAUUGUACUCCCUCCGUUCACAAAUAUAAGAUGUUCUAACUUUUUUUUUCUGAAUCGGAUGUAUAUAGACACGUUUUAAUAUGUUUGUUCACUCAUUUUAGUCUGUCUGUAGUCCAUAUUGAAAUAUCCAAAACAUCUUAUAUUUGUGAACGGAGGGUGUAUCUAUAUGCUAUGUUUGCCCAAUAAGAUCACACUAGUUGAAUGCCCGUGCGUUGCCACGGGCCAACAAAUGAAUCUAUGGCGAGCCCUGGGCUACAGCUCUUGGGUCAUCACACUGUCCUUUGGUAUGUUGUCACCCUGCUCCGAAUCUGCCAUAUUUUCUCCAAGUCCUGCAAACUACCGUUGCUAUUCCCAGCCCCGCUAGAAAAUUGCACGAGUUUUCUCCAAGUAUGCCAGAUUGCCAAAGUCAUUCCCAAUGUCACUAACUUCAUAUGGUUUGCAACUGCACACCACAACAUUUGAGUAAUUCAACUGAUACCCAAUUUUGUUUUUUGCAAUGUUAUACGUCAGAAAUCCCAAAGGAGCCUAUUUUCUUGGGAAACGUUUGCCUCCGGACGACCGGCCGAGCGCUCGGCCGGUCUCCCCUCGCUCGCUGGCUCUUUUCACGCGGGAACAGGCCUCGUAUGCUAGGUGGGCCUCAAGCGAGAUGUCGCUUUCCUUAUCUCUUUCUUAUAUUAUCACGUUUUUUUCCUAUGCUUCUUCUUCCUCUCGCCUAGUCGCUUCUUUCUCUCACCUUAUGCACAGUGAGCUCGCCAGCGCCCAUGGCGCGACCUCCGGCUCCUUUUGCGAGCGCCUCCUUCCCCGCUGCAAGCAUCUCCUCCCCCACACACCUCAAACUGCUGCCCCACCAAUGCUACAACCGUAGAGAUUUUUGGCUGGAACCGAUGAUAAUUUUUGCUUGAAUCAGCAUUGCUUUUUGCUUCGUGGGUGCUACAACCAGUUCUGUGCUGUUAGAGUUAUAAUAUAAGUCAUGUACCCCUUUGUAUUUAUCCCGUUGUAUAAGGGGUUUCCUGCAUAUGUUCCACACCUGUACAUGUAUAUAUAUAUCGGCCUAUGGCCUCAUGGGAAUACAAGUUGCUUAUUCCUAACAUGGUAUUAGAGCUAGGUCAAUUUUUUGCACGCUGCAACUCGUGCUGUUGAUCCGUCUUCCUCUCGCUCGACGCCUCCCGCCCGCUCGAAGCCGCCGUCGCUGCUCCCGCUCUCCCUCCCGCUCGAAGCCGCCGUCGCUCCCUCCCGCUCCCCGUUCGUGCUGCCGGCCGUGGAGAUUACACUGCUUGCCUCAAUCGAGACCGCCACCUAUCGGAUCUCGUCUUCAGCAACUCUUCUGCUCAAGCCGCCAGAAGUCGAUUCGCGCCGGCCACUAUUGAUUACCGUGGGCGUCCAGAUCGUGGGCCGCCUUGCUUGGAGAUCGCUGGCUCUCGUCCAAGUUUCGGCCGCCGGCCACCGGAUCCUGCCCAGGCCGCCGUCCGCAUCCGCUCAAGAUCUCUGCCGGUUCCCGUGCUCCACUUGGUGCAGCCCGUGUGCGUUGACUGCGUCGGGCUCGCGUGAUCCACGGCCGUGCUAUUCUGCUUGCUUCGGCUGCUGGUGGGCCGCCGUGCUACUCGGCUGAUAGGCCUGUGUUCUGCUAAAAAAAAGUCUGCUGCAUCGGGCUAUGUUUCUGUCCCUCGCUGUCCGGUGAUCUUCGAUGGUACUAACUACACCGAGUUCGCUGGCUUCAUGCGCAUUCACAUGCGUGGCAUUCGUCUCUGGGGUGUUCUUUCUGGCGAGGUCUGCUGUCCGCCACGUCCGGUUCCUCCAGUGGCCCCUACUCCGCCGACUCCACUGGUUCUUCCUACGGACGCUAAUCAGGCCGCCAAGGAUGCGGCUAAGAUUGCUGAUGAGGCUGCUGAUCGUGCCUAUGAUGAGAGGGUUUUGGCCUAUGAGGAGGCUCUUCAGACGUAUCAUGGUGCUUUGUCUGUUUACACCCAGUGGCUUGAUGAUGAUGCUCGUGCUGCAGCUGUUCUUACUGCUAGUGUUCUGCCUCAGUUUGCUUCUGAGUUUCUGGGCCUUCCUACUGUCUUUCAGAUGUGGACCUGUCUUCGUCAGCGCUAUGAGCCCUCUGGUGAUGCCUUAUACCUUUCUGUGGUUCGUCAGGAGCAUGCUCUUCAGCAGGGUGACUCUACUGUUGAUGACUUUUAUGCACAUAGUUCUGCUAUCUGGCGCCAGCUUGAUUCUCUCCGCAGUGCUGGUUGUCGUACUUGCCCCUGCUGCCAGGCUGUCCAGGCCAAUUUGGAGUUUCAUUGCGUCUACGAGUUCCUGUCUCGGCUCCGUAAGGAGUUUGAGCCCCGGCGUGCUCAGUUGUUUGCUCGUGGCCGUAUUUCUCUCAUGGAGGCGCUUUCGGAGAUUCGUGCUGAGGAGACUCGCUUACGUGGUGCUGGUUUGCUGGAGGUUCCCUCUGUGCUCGCUACUCGGGCUUCUUCCACUCCACCUGCUGCAUCGACUCAUUCUCGCUCCAGUGCUCCGCCGCUUUUGCCCACUCCUUCUGGAGGCUCAGGUCGCCCCCGUCCACAUUGUGACUACUGCAACAAUGAUGGUCAUAUUGAGUCCCAGUGCUACACAAAGCGGAAACACCUGCGCAAGGCGCGAUCACCAUCCUCAGGGACUUCGUCAUCUCCCUCGACAGCUUCAGCCAUUGCUUUGACUGAGCAGGAUAUUCUGAGACUUAAGCGUCUGCUCGCGGCUUCAGGUUCUUCCUCGACGGGUACUGCUGGUUCUGUGACUGAUGCUUCCCGCACUGCGCAACCGCCCUCUACACAGUCAGGACCGUCGCACGCACACUCUGGUUGGGGCUGGCCCUCGCCGCCGUGAUUCUCAGGGUCUUUGGGAGUUGGACUUGCUUCAUGUUCCUUCCGCUGCCACCACCAUCGCCAGUUCCUCCGCUUCUGUCGCCUCUGUUACUGGUUCCUUCAAGCAGUGGCACCAUCGACUUGGUCAUCUGUGUGGUUCUCGGUUGUCGUCUUUAGUUCGUUGAGGUCUUCUGGGGUCUGUCUCAGGAGAUGUCUCUUUAGAGUGUCAGGGUUGUCGUCUUGGCAAGCAGAUUCAGUUACCAUAUUCACAUAGUGAGUCAGUGUCUAAGCGUCCUUUCGAUUUAGUCCAUUCUGAUGUAUGGGGUCCGGCUCCUUUUUCUUCGAAAGGUGGUCAUAAAUAUUAUAUUAUUUUCAUAGAUGAUUUCUCUCGUUA